AUGGAGGCUAUUAUGGAUCAGCUGCAACACCAAGACGAGCGAAUCGUAGAUAUUUUCCGAAAAGAAGAAAUCGACGACAUAGAAACUUUUCUCUCUUUGGACGAAAAUGAUUUCACUCGACUUAAAAUGACUACCAAAAUGAUUAAGAUUGUCCAAAAACUACAAAAUCAUCUCCAAGACUACAACGAAGAAUGGAUCGUUGAAGAAGUAGAGAUAUCUCCGACCAAUACGCAAACUGUCAAUGCUGAUGAUACACCACAAAACGUUGAUCCUAACGACCCGUACAAAGGCAUAAGCUUGGACAAUGUGAUUGAUAUUGACACCAUCUUUGAGAAAACUAAUGAAGGAAUCACCAUCAUGGAGGUAUUGAAAGAAGGAUUGCGACCAAAAGAAUCUACAUUCAAAAAAAUUAAUGACAUGCUAUGCGACUGCUUGAAAUCCGUGUAUGGUUGUCGCCCCAACCGUUUCUACAAAGACCAGAUUGCCAUUUCCCUUGUGAAAUCCUAUCCAAUUCUUGCAGCCAAGGAUGCGAAAGUUCCGCAGGCGUUGUGGUUCCAUGCUCAUGCUAGAGGACCGAAUCGACAUGCUGGGCGCAUCCAUUACCGUAUGGAGUAUUUGGCAAGGACCUCUGGAGAACGCGUUAUUAAACGUCGGCGUACCGAAGAACAGCAAACUGAACCGCAGGCAAUCGUAGGCUCGGAUGCUACUCGUACGGAGGAUGGGCCUCCUUCCAACAUCGAGGAAUUGAUACUCGAGUUGCAAUACAUCGUACCCAAUCAACAUAAUAAACAUCGUGUUCUUGAGCUCUGGAAGACUACUUUCUCUAAGCGACAACAAUCUCGGGAUGCUGAUGAAUUUCAACAGUACUUGCAAGCUUUUCCUGUUUCUACAGCCUAUGAUGGUGAAUUGAUAACAUUUGACUUCCAAAUUUUGAAACCUGCUGCGACGUCCUUUGCUGACGAGUGGAACAAACUUGAAGGUAGAAUUCUGACUGUACAUCGAGCAAUGUACAGGGAACUCACUAAUGAUUUCGUUCGGGCCCUCGCUAUUGUGAGAUUCAAAAAUUCAUCGCGUGGAUCCAAACGAGCGAAGACUGAUGACGCUGUACUGAACAAUCCCCUAUCAGGUGUUGUAAAAUGGAUACAGCCCGAAGAUGAUUUUCCGCAGGAUAGUGGAAGCAUUCCACUAUUGGUAGUGCGAGGAAAUUUCCCUGAUGUGACGGAUGGAUGUGCAGUAUGCUGGGGUACCAUUGCUAUUCCCGUUGGCGACGAUCUAAAAACAGCAAUUGGGAUCUUCAUCCAAUGCUUCCCUGUUUUCGGUGUAGCACUGAAUCCUUCCGACAAAAACUUUUUUUUGUUCAUCGGUGGAGCAGUUUUGAACAUAAACACAUUGACCACAACUGGAGCCAAAUUUUUGCAUGGAUUGCAAUAA